ACUUGUAACAAUUCUACAACUGUAGCCAAAAAGACCAUUCCUUUUGUGCUCUUAUGGUGAUCAUGAUCAUGAGCAUGUGAUGAAUGAAAUAUCUCUUAUUAACUCCCUCUUCAUAUUUUUCUUUUUCUUUGUUCUGCAAUAAGAUUAGAGAGAGCGAGUUUUAGUUUUUGGACCAAAUGGGUAGAUCACCGUGCUGCGACAAGUUGGGUUUGAAGAAAGGGCCUUGGACACCAGAAGAAGAUCAGAAGCUUUUGGCUUAUAUUGAAGAACAUGGCCAUGGAAGUUGGCGUUCAUUGCCUGAGAAAGCUGGUCUCCAUCGAUGCGGCAAAAGCUGCAGACUCAGAUGGACUAACUACUUAAGACCUGACAUCAAAAGAGGCAAAUUUAACUUGCAAGAAGAACAAACCAUCAUUCAACUCCACGCUCUCUUAGGAAACAGGUGGUCGGCGAUUGCGACUCAUUUGCCAAAGAGAACAGACAACGAGAUCAAGAACUAUUGGAACACGCAUUUGAAGAAACGGUUAGUGAAAAUGGGGAUUGAUCCAGUGACUCAUAAACCCAAAAACGAGACUCCUUUAUCCUCUCUUGGUCUGUCCAAGAACGCAGCCACACUUAGCCACAUGGCUCAGUGGGAAAGUGCUCGACUUGAAGCUGAAGCAAGGCUAGCUAGAGAAUCAAAGCUUCUUCAUUACCAAAGCAAAACAUCAUCGAUUCAUCAUGGAUUCACUCACAAGGCACUUAUAACCAAUUGGACAACAAAACCAAACGAAGAUCAACAACAACAGCUUGAAUCUCCGACAUCUACAGUGUCAUUUUCGGAGAUGAAGGAAUCAUCAAACGGAAUCCCGACAAAGAUAGAGUUUGUCGGAUCAUCCACGGAUCUGACUUUGAUGAAAGAACCCGAAAACGAUUGGAUCAAUUCAACAAUUCACGAAUUUGCAGCCACGCAGAUGGCGGAAGGAAUCGAAGAAGGGUUCACGGGUCUCUUGCUCGGCGGAGAUUCACUGGAACGGAGUUUCUCCGGCGAUAAAAACGAGACGGCCGGCGAGAGUAGUGGUGGUGACUGCAACAACUACUACGAGGACAACAAGAAUUAUUUAGACAGCAUUUUUAGCUUUGUGGAUCCUUCGCCGUCCGAUUCACCGCCGAUGUUUUGAAUCAAUGGUCGAUAUUUCUUGGGAAUGUCCUUGAUUCUUUUUAGUUUCUAGUUUUUUUUUGUUUUUGUGUGUGUGUAAACUCUGAUUAGAUAAUUUUAGACUAAUCCAAUUUUUGCUCUUUUUUUUUCUUUUUCCUAAUUUACUGUGUUUCGUUACUAUUAUUUUUAUGGCAUUUGGAUGGAAUAUAUUCCA